AUGGAAUCGACCAACAUGUCAUAUCUGAACCCAAAGACAGUGAUCCUGAUUGGGAUCCCUGGACUAGAGCAUGUGCAGUUUUGGAUUGGAUUUCCCUUUUUGGGUUUAUGCCUAGUGUCUCUGCUAGGGAACAUUUUCUUGUUAAUCAUCAUUCCUAUGGAACGCAGUCUUCACCAGCCCAUGUACAUCUUCCUGGCAGUGCUGGCAGCCACUGACCUAGGUCUCUGUGUAGCCAUUGCUCCAAAGAUGUUGGCCAUCUUCUGGUUUGGCUCUUGUUCCAUGGCAUUUGAUGCUUGCCUUACUCAGCUCUUCUUCAUUCAUGCCUUGCAGGGUAUGGAAUCUGGCAUCCUGUUGGCCAUGGCCUUUGACCGCUAUGUUGCCAUCUGUAAUCCUUUGAGGCACACAUCCAUCCUCACACCUUUCUUUCUAGUUCAGUUGGUACUGAUGGUGGCAAUCCGGGCAACGGUGCUUGUUGGGAUUUUACCCAUUCUACUUAAACGACUGCAACUUUUCCAGUCUGUGGUUAUUGUCCAUUCCUACUGUGAGCACAUGGCUGUGGUCAAGCUGGCUGCAGAAGAUGUCCAUAUUAACAAAUCAUAUGGGCUCUUUGUAGCUUUUGCAAUUCUGGGAUUUGACGUGAUCUUUGUCUUCAUCUCCUACAUUCUAAUUUUUCAAGCUGUUUUUCAUCUUCCCCAGAAAGAGGCACGACUUAAAGCAUUCAACACUUGUACUGCCCAUAUUUUUGUCUUCCUGGAGUUUUAUAUUCUUGCCUUUUUCUCCUUCUUCAGCCACCGUUUUGGACAUGUGUCACCCUAUGUCCAUAUCCUAUUGUCUACCAUCUAUCUUCUUGUGCCCCCUGCCCUUAACCCCAUUGUCUAUGGUGUGAAGACCAAAGAGAUUCGCAGGCGGGUUGAACAGAUUUGUACUCUGAAGCCUGACACCCAAGAGUGA